CAAUCAUCUUAAAUUUACCAAUAAUAAUAUUAUUAUUUCCCAAUAACUAAAACUGUGAUGCAUCUGAUGGGUGUGUGUGCCCAAAUAAAAAAAAGCAGAAGUUAGGUCAGAUAGGGGUGAUAGGACCCAGCAGAAUCGUUACAAAACAAUUCAAAUCAAAUUUCUGGGAAAGUUCAGUGGGAUUUGCACCUCAUGUAGAUUGUCAAAGGAUUGGUGAAGUUUUCUGCUGUAGACAGACCUGUGUGGAAAAGGAGAGCAAAGAGAGGAAAGGGAGAAGGUUUCUGGAAGAGAAAAGGAAAAUGGGAUCUGCACACUCCUUGCCAGACAUCGAAAUCAAAAGACUGAUGGACAAGACAGACUUCACGUCGGAACAAAUUGAAAUUCUACACAAAAGAUUCAUGCACCUGAGCGAUGGGAAACCCACAAUGAGGCACUGGUUUAACUUUUAUAUUCACAGCAAAAAUAGCUUUGAGAGUGUGCCAGACCUGGAGAAUAAUCCCAUUAAGACAAGAAUUAUCAAAGCAUUUUUUGACAGCAGAAACUUGGGUCUGAGGUCUGGUGAGACUGUGGAGGAAAUCACUUUCGAGAACUUUUUGUCCAUCCUGUCGUUUUUCCAGCACAUGGACGAAAACCAUGGGAAGGAAGAACUUGAUGAUUGCAACAGAAAGAAGCUGAGAUUUUUAUUUAACAUGUACGACACCGACCAGGACGGGAAAAUUUCUUUGAGAGAACUAAAACAGGUGAUAGAUGAAUUGUUGUGCAAGAAAACAACCACUGAGAACACAUCUUCCUCCAUCGCUGAUGCUGCAAUGAUAGAAGCUGCUAACAUCUGCGUGGGACAAAUGAUAAUGAAGGACAUGAAGAUAGAAUCUAAAAUGCAUGUUCGCUUUUUAAAUAUGGACACGUCCACCAUGUGUAAGUAGCAAGAGAGACUGACGCCAGGCCCAGGAAAAUGAACGAGAACACAUUUCACGUCGGUGGCCGAAAUGUUAACAGCCACAAAAUAAACUAAAGGAUUUCCGAAGACACUGAACAGAUCGCAUUUCCAGGGAGCAACGCUUUGUUUGCGGGGCUUCAUCAUCUCAUUGCUUUUUAUUUCUCGCCCUCGACAAAAAAAAAUGUGCAAUUCUAGAAUCAAUGGUUUCCUCCUUGAAUUAUGUGCAUUGCCGCAAUUUCACACCUUCGAUCAGACCAGUGUUAAAGUGGGUUUUGAAAGCAGGAAGAGAGGAAACAAGGCGAGGAGACUGUGACGAACUUCCAGAGAGCAGUGGUGAAAUAUCCUCUAAGCUCUCCCAAUUACUCUGUAAUAACCCCAGACUGAUGUAAUUUACAAUACAGCACCAUUGAAACAACGCAGCAAAACAAUCCUGGUAUCCCAAGCCGAACACAAAUACUUUAAAUGUCUAAUGUAAAAAGAGUAUAUGAUCUCAUGAAAAGAGAUACAACUUAUCCCCCCCCAACCCCACCCCAGACAAUAUAGGCAAUAAUCUUCCGUGGAAUAAAAAGAAAAUCGAUGACAAACAAA